CAUAUAGAAUUAUUAUGAUGUAACUAAAUAUCAUGAUUUUAUUAUCUUAUUUAUAUCAUCUUUAAUCUUAGAUGGAUCAUUCCAUAUCAAAUGCCUUCUCGAGAAAAGGUUAUCAAAACCCACCGCAAUGUCCAGACCAUCACAAUGGCUAGAAAAAGCCCACACUUAAAUAAAGCACGUGCGCUGCACGCCCUGGGACUCCUAUUUAAAAGCAUCUCCCUCCCAUUCCCGCCCUGAGAUCGGGAGACAGAACGAGAAGCCGAGAGUAGUAGUCAUAUCCGCGUCGAUGAGGUGGGCGGCGAUCGCGUUCGCCAUCUUCUUGGUGGCUCUCUCCCUCGUCGGCCCCAGCGGCCGUAGCACCCAAAAGAAGCCCAAGCCCUCUUCCUCCACCACCAAUGCCUCCUCCAUUUUGGGCCUUCCCAAGUUUCUUCGAUUCCAAGAAGACGGCAACGAGGCUUCCUCCUAUUCCUCCACGCCGCCGCCGGCGGUGGCUCUAUUGGAGUACGAUUUCUACCGCGAGAAAUGCCCCCAGGCCGAGGAGAUCGUCAGAUCCACCAUGACUCAGCUCUACUCCAAGAACGCCGGCGUCGCACCCGCCCUCCUCCGCCUCCUCUUCCACGACUGUUUCAUCCGAGGCUGCGACGCCUCGGUCCUCUUGGACCGCAUCAAUGGCUCCUCCUCAGAGAAAGACGCUGCCCCGAACCACACCCUCAAGGGCUUUGACGCCGUCGACGACAUCAAGGGCCGGGUGGAGGCUGCCUGCCCGGCCACCGUCUCCUGCGCCGACAUCCUGGUCCUGGCCACACGAGACGGCCUCGUCCUGGCCGGAGGGCCCUUCUACCCUGUCCUGACGGGAAGGAAAGACAGCGAGCGGAGCUUCUUCGGCGAGGCCCAGCUCCAGAUCCCCGCCCCCGACGACAACUACACCAAAACACUCGCCAAUUUCGCCAGCCGAGGCUUCACCGAGCGCGAAACCGUCAGCCUCUUAGGGGCCCACAGCAUCGGGAAGCUGCACUGCCAGUUCUUCCGGCACCGGCUGUACAAUUUCUCCGGGACCGGCGUGCCGGAUGGGUCGAUGGACCUGGAGAUGGCGGCGGAAAUGCGGGCCGCAUGCAGCGCCGGCGACGGUGCCGCCGCCGCCGUGGGGUACCAGCCGGAGGGGCGGUUCGGGAACCACUACUAUGGGCGGCUGCUGGAGGGGCGGGGAAUCCUUCACGCGGACCAGCAGCUGACGGCGGGCCGGACGGUGCGGUGGGUGCGAGCGUACGCCGCGGAGGGCGACUCCGGGCUCCGGGCGUUCCGGGCCGACUUCGCCCACGCCAUGGUCAAGCUCUCCGGGCUCGGCCCGCUCUCCAGAUCCCAAGGCCAGGUCCGGACCCGUUGCUCUCGGCUGGUGUGAAUCGAUGAUUCCGAAGACUGAUGGUGAAUUUUUGUUACUCGUAAGAAAAAUUACUCCUACCCUUUUUUUUGGUAAGAAAAUUACUCCUACCUUUAAUAAUCUCCGUGUUGUAAAUUUUCCUCGAGAGAACCAUUAUUAAGGCUUGCGAGACCUCGAACAGGGCCUGUUUGGAUGGCCGGGUAACCUGUCCUUUGGAUGAGAUGUGCUUUGCG